AUGCCUGCUGUUGAUGUUUCUUCCAUUCCCGCCGUCUCAGGCAAGGAGACCGCCGACUCCGUCGCCGUUGUCGAGAGCUUGAUCCAGAACUUGUCCAUCUCCAAGACCCCCGAUGAGGCCAACAUUCACGCCAACAACCUCGCCACUCUUUUGAACGGCCCCAUCGAGGAGAAGAUCGUCCCCCUCAAGGCUGUUGAGUCCCUCAAGAAGCAGCUCUCCAACAAGAAGGAUGCCAACGCUCGUGAGCGUGCCGUUGAGGCCAUCCGUGCCAUCGCUGAGCACUCUUCCGUUGCUCCCGGUGUCGAGCCUCACUUGGUCACUCUUUUGGGCCCCACCCUCAAUGCCGUUGGUGACAAGAUGACCAAUGUCAAGAACGCUGCCCAGGUGGCUGCUAUCGCUCUCGUUAAGGCCAUCAACCCUAACGCCACAAAGGCUGCCCUUCCUUCCAUCAUCAACUCCAUUCUCUCUGCCCAGAAGUGGCCCGAGAAGAUGACCGGUCUUCAGUGCAUUGAAGCUCUUGUUGAGACCGCCCCUGCCCAGCUUGCUUUCCUCGUCCCAGACCUCAUUCCUGUCGUCUCCGAAUCCAUGUGGGACACCAAGCCUGAGGUCAAGAAGGCCGCCUACGGUACCAUGGAGAAGAUCUGUGGCUUGAUCGUCAACAAGGAUAUUGAGCGUUUCAUUCCUGAGCUCAUCAAGUGUAUUUCCAAGCCUGAGAAUGUCCCUGAGACUGUUCACUUGCUCGGUGCUACCACUUUCGUCACUGAUGUUCACGAGCCUACCUUGGCCAUCAUGGUUCCUCUUCUUGAGCGUGGUCUUGCUGAGCGUGAGACUGCCAUCAAGCGUAAGUCUGCCGUCAUCGUCGACAACAUGUGUAAGCUUGUCGAGGAUCCUCAGAUCGUCGCCUCUUUCUUGCCCAAGUUGAUGCCCGCUCUCAACAAGAACCACGAGACUCUCGCCGACCCUGAGGCUCGUGAAAAGACCAAGCAAGCCCUUGACACUUUGAUCCGUGUCGGUGAUGUCAAGGACGGCAAGAUCCCCGAAGUGUCUCACGCCGGUGAUGUUGCUACCGUCUCCGCUAUCCUCAAGGAGAUCCUUGAGCCCAAGUACAAGGCUCAAAUUGCCGGCUGCGAGGCCACCAUUGACUAUAUUUCUGCUAUUGCCGGUCAGCUCAUUGACGAGAAGGUUGUUGAGGUUAUCAGCUGGACUGAGAACACCACUCCUUACUUGGUCGCUCUCAUCGGUGAGGCUGAUGCCAAGUCCACUGCCGAGACUCUCCGCAAGCGUGCUUCUCCUGCUGCCACUGAGGAGGAGGAAAUCAACCCUGACGAAGAAGAAGGAGAGGAUCUCUGCAACUGUACCUUCAACUUGGCUUACGGUGCUAAGAUCUUGCUCAACCAGACUCACUUGCGUUUGAAGCGUGGUCAGCGUUACGGUCUUUUGGGACCUAACGGUUCUGGAAAGUCCACCCUCAUGCGUGCCAUCAACAACGAGCAGGUCGAGGGUUUCCCCAAGAAGAGCGAGGUCAAGACUGUCUUCGUCGAGCACGACCUUGACGCUGCUGAUACUGAGCAGACCGUCAUUGGCUGGACCCAGAAGAAGCUCGAGAGCGUUGGUAUUAACCUUCCUCAGAAGGAGAUUGAGGCCCAGCUUCUUGAGUUCGGUUUCCUCCAGGAGCAGUUCGAGAACCCCAUCACCUCUCUUUCUGGUGGUUGGAAGAUGAAGUUGGCUUUGGCCCGUGCCGUCUUCGAGAAGCCCGAUAUCCUGCUUCUCGACGAGCCCACCAACCACUUGGACGUCAAGAACGUUGCCUGGUUGGAGCAGUACCUCAUCAACUCUCCUUGCACUUCCAUCAUUGUCUCCCACGAUAGCAAGUUCUUGGACAAUGUCAUCCAGCACGUUAUUCACUAUGAGCGCUUCAAGCUCCGCCGCUACCGUGGUACUCUCAGUGAGUUCGUCAAGAAGGUUCCCUCUGCUCGCUCCUACUACGAGCUCGGUGCCUCUGAGAUGGAGUUUAAGUUCCCCGAGCCCGGUUUCCUUGAGGGUGUCAAGACCAAGGCUAAGGCCAUUGUCCGUGUCACCAACAUGUCCUUCCAGUACCCCGGUACUCCCAAGCCUCAGAUCCAGGACAUCACUUUCCAGGUCUCUCUUGGAUCUCGUAUUGCCGUCAUUGGUCCCAACGGUGCUGGAAAGUCUACUCUUGUUAACGUCUUGACUGGUGAACUUAUCCCCACUGCUGGUGAUGUCUACCAGCACGAGAACAUCCGUAUUGCUUACAUUAAGCAACACGCUUUCGCUCAUAUCGAUAACCAUCUGGACAAGACUCCUUCCGAGUACAUUCAGUGGCGUUUCCAGACUGGCGAGGACCGUGAGACCAUGGACCGUGCCAACAAGAUCGUCACUGAGGAAGAUGAGAAGGCUAUGGACAAGAUCUACAAGAUCGAAGGUACCUCUCGUCGUGUCAUUGGUAUCCACUCUCGUCGUAAGUUCAAGAACUCUUACGAGUAUGAGUGUUCUUUCGCCCUUGGUGACAACAUUGGUAUGAAGAACGAGAAGUGGACUCCUAUGUCUACUCAGGACAACGCCUGGAUUCCUCGUAACGAAAUCUUGGCCUCUCACGCUAAGAUGGUUGCCGAGGUCGAUCAGAAGGAAGCCCUUGCUAGCGGUCAGUUCCGUCCCUUGGUUCGUCGUGAGAUUGAAAUCCACUGUGCCAACUUCGGUCUCGAUGCUGAGCUUGUUUCUCACUCCCGUAUGCGUGGUCUCUCUGGUGGUCAGCGUGUCAAGGUCGUCCUUGCCGCCUGCUCUUGGCAACGUCCUCACUUGAUCGUCCUUGACGAGCCUACCAACUACCUUGACCGUGACUCCCUUGGUGCCUUGUCUAAGGCUAUCAAGACCUUCGAGGGUGGUGUCGUCAUUAUCACUCACUCCCGUGAGUUCACCGAGAACCUCACCGAGGAAGUUUGGGCUGUUAUGGAUGGAAGAAUGACUCCUUCUGGUCACAAUUGGGUACAAGGGCAGGGGUCAGGUGUCCGCAUCGACCAGACCAAAAAGGACGAGGAAGACACAUUUGACGCGCUCGGAAACAAAGUCGAGAAGGUCGAGAAGAAGGCUAAGUUGUCCGCAAGCGAGCUCCGGAAGAAGAGAAAGGAUAGGAUGGCUCGCCGCAAGCGAGGAGAGGAGGUGUUCUCUGAUGAAGAGUAA